CUUACCGGGUUGGUUGUAGCUUCGGCUGCAUGUCAUGUGGGACAGGCAAUGAAAUAAAGUUGAUGAAACAAUCGCUGUACAUUACACUUCCACUGAAUCCACGCUUCCAGCUGCGAUGUCCGCUAAACUGUUAUCUGUGAAUAACGCCCUUUUCAAAUGUUUAAAGACUCUUCACGGCAGUCGCCAGCGAGGGUUCAGCACCGGAGCUGCUUCCCUCGGUUCAGUGGAUUUAAAAGGUCGCAGCUUCCUCACCCUGAAGGACUUCAGCUCAGAGGAGAUCAAGAGGCUGCUGUGGGUGUCAGGGGAUCUGAAACAACGGAUCAAACAUGAGAAACAGUAUCUUCCUCUUCUGCAAGGAAAGUCCAUUGCUAUGAUAUUUGAGAAGAGGAGCACCAGAACAAGAAUGUCCACAGAAACAGGUUUUGCUUUGCUGGGCGGACACCCCUGUUUCCUCACCUCUCAGGACAUCCACCUGGGAGUGAACGAGAGCUCCACAGACACAGCCAGGGUUCUCUCAGGACUCUGUGAUAUCGUCCUGGCACGAGUGUACAGCCACUCCACGCUGGAGGAGCUGGAUAAGGAGGCCUCCAUCCCCAUCAUUAACGGCCUGUCUGACCUCUACCACCCAAUCCAGAUUCUGGCUGACUUCCUCACCUUACAGGAGCAUUAUGGGUCCCUUAAUGGACUAACAGUGAGUUGGAUUGGAGAUGGUAACAAUGUCCUCCACUCCUUCAUGAUGACUGCAGCCAAACUGGGAGUUCAUCUUAAAAUCGCUACACCAAAGGGGUAUGAGCCAGAAAGCAGUGUUAUCCAGGAGGCACAGAGACUCUCCAAAGAGCAUGGGACCCAGCUCGUGCUGACCUCUGACCCGAUGGAGGCCGCUCACGGCAGCAAUGUUUUGGUCACCGACACCUGGGUCAGCAUGGGACAGGAGGAGGAGAAGAAAAAGAGGCUCAAAGACUUUAAAGGUUACCAGAUUACAAUGCAGACAGGAAGUGUGGCCAAACCAGACUGGACCUUCCUGCAUUGUCUCCCCCGGAAACUGGAAGAGGUAGAUGACCACGUAUUCUACUCAUCCCGCUCCCUCGUCUUCCCCGAGGCGGAGAACAGAAAGUGGACAAUCAUGGGUCUGAUGGUUUCUCUUCUGACUGACUACUCUCCGAAGAUCCCCAUGCUCAAGUUUUGAUUUCAGGACUUUUACUUGUGCGUCAUGACACAUAGAAGUCAGAUAGCAUUAACAUCACAAGAUACCAAAGUAACUGCAGUGUUAAAUUCAGAGCAGUGGAUGCAGUUUUUGUCUUUGACUGUUUCUGUUCAACCAUUAAUAUCCAAAGUCAUCUGUUCAUCUCUUUUAAUGUUUCUUUGUUUACUGUGAUCGAGAGGAUUUAUUUGUGGUUUACAGCGGAAAUGUUAGAGGCGUUACUAAAAAAUAAAAGUUUGCUUCAUCUUG